AUGGGACAGAGCAGUGUAUUCGUCAUAUGCGCUGAUUAUCUGGAAGAGGUUGACGAUGAAACCUGGGUCAAAAUAGGCCCUCAGUUGUCGGAGGAUCCAGACAACGAGGAGGCUGACUGGGUCACCGUGGUUCUUCCCGAAGAAAUGGAAUUCACCCAUAGCGACGAAGAUAUCGUGAGGUAUGCCCUUCACCACAUCCAAACCAGACGAGCCAUCGUGAGCGAAGUGGCACUGCAUAACAUGGGAGUGAUUUGUAUCUCGAUCCCUAUUCCAAAGAGUUCUGCUGACACGGCCACAAUCUUGAUUCGUGCCGAGACCGAUGGGAAUAAGUGGCUCGAGUAUAUUCGUGUUGGGAUGGCUAAUCUUGACAGGGAGGUGAUUUUCGGGUGUCAGUAA